AGGACAAGUUUUAGGUACGUCCCACUCAGAGAGUCCCAUGGGUGAGCAGCUGGGAGCGAUCCUCAGAGACAUGGCACGGAAAAGAAGCACCAGGCGCACCUGUCUGCUCUCCUGUCUCACUAUGGCUCUUCUCUUCCUGCUGGGGAUCCUUGUAGGAUGGCUGAUAAAACCUUCAGAGGAAAGGAUAACCCCACCCACGCAGAACAUAAGGCAGGAACUGGUGUCAGAAAUGAAAGCGGAAAACAUCAGGCAUUUCCUGCGCCUUUCGGUAAUGUGGCGCUUACUGGAUAACGGGUUUCCGGAUAAUGGAUCCCAUAAUCUUUGGAUUUAAAGAGACUUCACAAAGAUUCCUCAUCUGGCAGGAACCAAACAGAAUUUAGAGCUUGCGAAGCGAAUUCAGGAGCAGUGGAUGGAUUUUGGGUUGGAUUCGGCAAAGUUGGUUCAUUAUGACGUCUUACUCUCAUAUCCCAAUAGCAGCAAUCCCAAUUAUAUCUCCAUAAUCGAUGAACAUGGAAAAGAGAUUUAUAACACUUCUUUGUUCGAGCCACCUCCGAUGGGUUAUGAAAACUUCACAGACAUAGUCCCCCCGUAUAAUGCCUUCUCUGCACAAGGAGACCCAGAGGGUGAUCUUGUCUAUGUAAACUAUGGCCGUACAGAAGAUUUUUUCCAUUUGGAAAGAAAUAUGGGGAUUAACUGUACUGGGAAAAUUGUCAUUGCUCGAUAUGGAAAAAUCUUUCGAGGAAACAAAGUGAAGAAUGCAAUGUUAUCGGGUGCCAAGGGAAUCAUCCUUUACUCUGACCCAGCAGAUUACUGUGCUCCUGGAGUAGAACCAUACCCACAUGGUUGGAAUCUCCCAAGUGGUGGAGUCCAACGAGGAAAUGUCCUUAAUCUGAAUGGUGCAGGAGACCCACUGACCCCUGGCUAUCCAGCAAAAGAGUUCACAUACAGAUAUGAGGCUGAUGAAGGAGUGGGCCUUCCCAGCAUUCCUGUUCAUCCUAUUGGAUACCGUGAUGCAGAGGAAAUACUCAAACUAAUGGGAGGAGCCUCACCACCAAGCUCUUGGAAAGGAAACCUUGAUGUUCCUUACAACAUUGGGCCAGGAUUCCUACAAAAUGUUUCUACAAGAAAGGUCAGGAUGCAUGUCCACAGCAACAAUGAAGUUACCAGGAUUUAUGAUGUCAUUGGCACCAUCCGGGGAGCUGUGGAGCCAGAUAGGUACAUAAUAUUGGGUGGUCAUCGAGACUCUUGGGUCUUCGGAGGCAUAGAUCCAACGACCGGAGCAGCCGUCCUGCAAGAAAUCACAAGGAGCUUUGGCAAAAAAGUGAAAGAAGGUUGGAGGCCCAGAAGGACGAUUCUAUUUGCAAGUUGGGAUGCGGAAGAGUUUGGACUGCUGGGAUCUACUGAAUGGGCCGAGGAAAAUGCCAAAAUUCUGCAUGAGCGAGCUGUGGCCUAUAUCAACUCCGACUCUUCUAUAGAAGGGAACUACACCCUGAGAGUGGACUGUACCCCCCUGAUGUACAGACUCGUCUACAACCUGACAAAAGAGAUUGCCAGCCCAGAUGAAGGUUUCGAGGGCAAGUCCUUAUAUGAAAGCUGGAUGCAAAAAGAUCCUUCUAUUGAGGAUAAAGAUAUUCCCAGAAUAAAUAAACUUGGAUCUGGAAGUGACUUUGAGGCUUAUUUCCAGCGCCUGGGCAUCGCCUCCGCAAGAGCUCGCUAUACCAAAAAUCGGAAAACAGACAAGUACAGCAACUACCCAGUCUAUCACACCGUCUAUGAGACCUUUGAGCUGGUGGAUCGUUUUUAUGACCCCGGGUUUAAGAGACAGUUGGCAGUGGCCCAGUUGAGGGGAAGUCUGGUUUAUGAACUCGCAAACUCCCAGGUGAUCCCAUUCAAUGUCCAGGACUACGGAGAUGCUCUGAAAAGCUACGCGACCAGUAUCUACAGUCUGGCCAAAAGAACCAAGUCACUGAUGGAAACCUAUGGAGUAUCAUUUGAUUCACUGUUUUCUGCCAUCCAGAACUUCACAGAAGCGUCAGAUGGGCUGCACCAAAGGCUUGAAAAUCUCAAUCGCCAUAACCCACUUGAUGUUCGCAUUAUGAAUGAUCAGUUGAUGUUUUCAGAAAGAGCUUUCACAGAUCCUUUAGGAUUGCCAGGAAGACAAUUUUACAGACACAUCAUCUUCGCUCCAAGCAGCCAUAACAAGUACGCUGGAGAAUCCUUCCCGGGGAUCUACGAUGCCUUGUUUGAUAUCGAGAAUAAAGUCGAUCAGUACCAGGCGUGGGAAGAAGUGAAAAGGCAAAUUUCAGUUGCUGCAUUUACAGUUCAGGCAGCGGCCGAGACACUUCAAGAAGUAGCAUAAACCAUGGACAAUUCCAGAGAGUGAUCUCUGAUCCCAACGGACUGUUUGUUUAAACCACUCACUAAGCUUUAUUGUUCAGUAUUUUUAUAUUUAUCUGUAUAAAAGAAACUACAGUUUUCAAA